AUGGAGACAACGGGCACCAACAGAGUUAAUGGGUUGCAUGAGCUUGAGGAAUUCCAAUUCCAGGCAUUCGAGAGUGCUAGACUAUAUAAAGAAAGGAUGAAACCGAUGCAUGACAAGCAUAUCUUGGAUCGGAACUUCAAACCCGGAGAGAUAGUGCUGCUAUAUAACUCAAGAUUGAGGUUGUUCACGGGUAAGUUAAAGUCCCGAUGGUCAGGACCGUUUAGAGUAGUGCAAAUGUUCUCAAGUGGAGCUGUGGAGAUCGAAUCUGAAGAUGGGACGAACAAGUUCACAGUGAAUGGAAAGAGGUUGAAACAUUACCUUGGAAUGACUGAAGAAAAAGGGGACAGCAUAGUGAUAAAGUUGGAAGAUCCCCAGUACACAAAUGAGGAGUAA